GUAUGCCUUCUUUUUUUUUUUUUUUUUUCCUUCGCCUCGGUUUUCCCUGGUGAAGAGUCUCUGUUAAUACCCGUACAUAUACCUACUAACAUACCGCUAUAAGAAAGAGAGAGAGAGAGAGAAAAUAAGGGGAAGAAGAAAGAAUUAAGAGAGCCUCCGAGUGAAAGAUCGAAAUCGAGGCUUGGCCUAUUUCAGGAGGCCAAGAGGAAAGUCGUGGAACUGUACAUAUAUUAUACCUGUACAUCUGAUGUGUACACAACGUAGCCGCGUCCGCGAGAGCAUAACAGAAUAAGUAUACCUGUAUACACGCAAACACAUAUAUCGGAAAGUAGCCGGUGCAGUUGUAGCUCCGAGAGCAGACAAAGUUCCGUCGUAAAACCAUGGACUGGUCACCUUGGCCAUUUCUGCUGCUAUUCUGCGGCUUAGCGGCCGGACAAUCGUACUACUCCAUUGUCGCGCCCCGAGUCGUCAGACCAAACUCGGAGUACCAUGUGGCGAUAAGCAUCGUCGGCGUCUCCGAGCCAACGACGACCUUCGUCGAGUUGUCCGGACAAUUGGACACCGGGGAGUCCUUUGUCGUGUCGGACAGCGUCGUCGUCGAGCCCUACGCCACGAGGGUCCUCAGUUUCGAGGUCGGCGACACCGGGCCCGGGAAAUACAGGCUCCUGGCGCGGUCAACCAGCGGCUACGCCUUUGUCAACUCGACGGAACUUGAGUACGUGCACAAGAGCUACUCCGUGUUCAUGCAGACCGACAGGUCGGUCUACAAGCCCGGGAGCAAGAUACAGUUCAGGUGCGUCGUUCUCGACUCGAGGCUCAGGCCCACGGCCAACAGGCAGCUCGAGGUUUACAUUACGGACGGCCAAGGCAAUCGUAUAAAACAAUGGGACCGGCCAAGGUUGCACCAAGGAAUAUUCAACGGGGAGCUCGAGCUGUCGCAGUCGCCGGUACUGGGGGACUGGGAAAUCGUAGCCAUCAUUGGAAACCAGACCUUCAAGAAGGCCAUCCAGGUGGCCGAGUACGUGCUACCCAAGUUCGAGGUUACCAUCGACUCGCCGGCCCACGCUACUUUCAAGGAGGGCAAAAUUGCCGUCAUCGUUCACGCCAAGUACACCUACGGUAAACCGGUUAAAGGCGAAGCCACGAUAACGGCCUUCCCGGACAUCUACUCGCCGGUACUGCAGCCGGUCUACCAGUCGCCGAUCCGCAAGGUCGUCAAAAUCGAGGGAAAAGCUACCGUGGACUUUGACAUAGCCAAAGACCUGAGGGUGACGGACGACGACUAUAGGCGUCCCGUGGUGAUCGAGGUCGCGGUGGAGGAAGCAGUCACCGGCAGACGACAGAACGCCUCCCUCCAGAUAACGUUGCACAAGCACAAGUACACGAUGGAGUUGCUGAGAACCGCCGAGUACUACAAGCCCGGCCUCAAGUACACGGCAUUUUUGAAGGUAGCGUACCACGACGGCUCGCCGGUGAUCGACAACACGAACCCGGUGCACGUGACCUACGGCUACACGUACGACCAAGAGAACCUGUACAACAUGACGCGAAUGCUCGACAAGAACGGCAUGGUGGAGCUCGAGUUUUAUCCACCGUCUACGGUGCCCGACAAGAUAUUCCGGCCCCUGAGGAUCGAGGCGGAGUACCUCAACCUCCACGAGUGGUUCCCCUCGACCAACCCGGCGACCUCCAGGAGCGGGGCUUACGUUCAGGCGACUCUGCGCACCGACAAACCCCGGGUCGGCGAUUACGUCGAGAUCGAGGUCAACUCCACCGAUCCGCUCAAGUACCUCAGUUAUCAGGUCCUCGGCCGCGGUGACGUCCUCAACGCGGCGUCCAUCCAGGUGCCGGAUCGACACAUGGCCAACUUACGGUUCCUGGCCACCUACGUGAUGGCUCCGGUGGCCCACGUGCUAGUCUACUACGUCAGGCCCGACGGGGAGAUAGUGGCCGACUCCCUGAACGUGGAGCUCGAAGGUGCUCUCCAGAAUUUCGUGGACAUAAAAACUGUGCCCGGUGAAGUGGAACCCGGGGACAACGUCGAUUUGACCAUUACGGCCAAGCCGAACUCCUACGUUGGCAUCUUGGGUGUGGACCAGAGGUCGCUCCUGCUGAAAUCGGGCAACGACAUCACUUACGACCAAGUGCGCCGAGAGCUGAUGUCCUACGACUCGAACGGCGAGCCGAGCUUCUACGGCGACGAUAACUUUUCGCCCUCGUGGACGAGACCGGGUUCAGCCAGUACCGAGGAAAUAUUCCGCACGAUGGGCACUGUCGUGAUCACCAACGCUUACAUGCACGAGAACCUCCAACUGACUUCAAAUCCGGAUGGCGAUAGGGUUAAAGGUCCGCUGGAGGGGCUGGCAUUAUCGACGCUGAAGCCGGACAUUGGGCCGCCGGUUCGGCACAGAUUCGCCGCGCGGCCGGCUUGGGCCGGACGUUACGCCUUCUCGUACGUGCCGCUAGCCCCUUGGAGGCCUCGUGUUUUCCUCAUGCAUGACAUCUUAGACACUUGGCUUUUUUCAAACAUGUCUUCAGGGUACGAAGGAAAAACAGUGAUCCGAAGAACUGUACCGGACAGCAUAACAUCGUGGGUGUUGACCGGUUUCUCGGUCGACCCAACUUAUGGACUCGGUCUCAUGCAGUCACCUAGAAAGCUGAAAGUGUUCAAACCUUUCUUCAUCUCGAUGAAUCUCCCUUACUCCGUGAUUCGUGGAGAAAUCGUAGCAGUGCCGAUCGUCAUAUUCAACUACAUGAACAAAGAUCUCACGGUGGAAGUGGUGGUGGAGAAUAACGGCGAUUUCGAGUUUGCCGAAAUAUCAAACGAAGUCCAUGAAACCAAACGCCUGGAACUUUACCGAACCAAAAAAUUGUUCGUACCUGCAAACUCGGCCCAGAGCGUUUCCUUCAUGAUCAUUCCACUGAAGCUCAACCAUAUAACGAUCAAGGCCAAGGCGACCAGUGCCAUGGCAGGCGACAGUAUAGAGUAUCCUCUUCUCGUCAAGGCCGAGGGUGAGACUCAAUACAGAAACAAAGUGGUAUUUGUCGAUUUGAGAAACGACGACUCGACAAAGACUAACGUCACCGUCGACAUUCCCAACCAUUUUGUUCAAGAUUCCGACUACGUCGAGGUAUCGGCGGUCGGCGACAUACUUGGCCCAAGCAUCCCUAAUCUCGACAAGCUCAUCAAAAUGCCGUUCGGAUGCGGCGAACAGAACAUGCUCAACUUUGUGCCAAACAUCGUGAUUUUGGAAUACUUGAAGAACACAAAUCAGCUGUCUCCAGCCAUCGAGAGCAAAGCACUAGGCUACCUGGAAACUGGCUACCAGCAGGAACUGACGUACAGACACGCGGACGGCUCCUUCAGCGCUUUCGGCAAGUCAGACCCGCGCGGCAGCACAUGGUUGACGGCCUUCGUUGCUAAGUCGUUCAAGCAAGCCGAGAAGUACAUCACGGUGGAGGAGAAAAUUGUGUCGGACGCAUUGCGCUGGCUGGCCGAAAACCAGGCGGCCAACGGCAGCUUCCCCGAGGUCGGAACUGUCAGCCACAAGGACAUGCAAGGCGGCGCGGCCAAGGGCCUCGCCCUCACGGCUUACGUGCUCAGUGCUUUUCUAGAAAUCGAGAACAUCGACGGCCCUUAUCGCAACGUCAUCUACAAGGGCGUCGACUACGUGGUGCGCCACAUGCAGGACCUGGACGACAACUACGCGCUGAGCAUCUGCACGUACGUGUUGGGGUUGGCGCGCAACGCCUACGAAGACGAGGCUUUCCGUGAACUGGAGCGACGGGCCAACUACACUCUCGAGGGAGGUCUCAAGUGGUGGAGCAAGCCAGUGCCCGAGCCGGAGCGUAACAAUCCCUGGUACUCGCUGUCCCGGUGCGCCGACGUCGAGAUGACCUCGUAUGCCAUGCUGUCGUACCUGCGUAGGAACAUGCUCACCGACGCCACGGCCAUCAUGAAGUGGCUGAUAAAGCAGCGCAACGCCGAGGGCGGCUUCGCCUCGACUCAGGACACGGUCGUGGGCCUGUACGCCCUGUCGAAGCUGGGCGAGAAACUCAGGACGAACCUGUACGACGUGAAGAUCAAAGUGACGACCGACGCCGGGGAGACCAAGGAGAUCAACGUCAACUCGAGGAACUUUAUGAUCGUGCAGAAACACGAGCUGCUCGGGAGAACUCGAAUGAUGAAUAUCACGGCUACGGGGACGGGUUUCGCGCUCGUCCAAGUCACCUCGCGCUACAAUCUCAACGUGACCGGGGCCUUCCCGCUCUUCACCCUGGAUCCCCAGGUCGACACGAUAUCCACCAACGAUCACUUGCAGCUAUCGAUCUGUUCUGGGUUCAUCCCAACGAAAGAGGCCAAUGAGAGUAACAUGGCCGUCAUGGAGGUGAGCUUCCCGUCGGGCUUCACGGUCGAUCAGGACGCCCUGCCGAGCUUGGAGCUGUCGCAGCACGUCAAGCGCGUCGAGACCAAAAACGGCGACACCAUGCUCGUCCUGUACUUUGACAAGAUGGUUCACGACAAGGAAUAUUGUCCCACGGUAUCGGCCUACAGGACGCACAAGGUGGCCAAACAGAAGCCAGUUCCCGUUUCGAUAUACGACUACUACGACUCGUCGAGACGAGCGAGGGUGUUCUACGAGCCAAAGAUGACGACGCUGUGCGACCUGUGCGAGGACGAGCAAUGCGGCGACGUCUGCAUCAAGGCGAACAAGCAAGAGACCGGCUCCUCGCCAUCCAUCUCCUCGAGUUCAACGGUGCCCGUCUUCCUCGCGCUGAUAUUCGCCAGUCUCGCUUGCGUCCAUCUCAAUCUACGAAGGCUCUCGAACGUUUUGUUGUAAAUUUUCUGAGAUAACGGUCAACAUAAGGAAAUUAUAUAAUUAUUCUCAUAGAAGAUAGAUAUUUAUAGAUAUUUAUAGAAGAUAUAUAUAGAUUCUUUUUUUUUUUUCUACUUUUUAAUUGUAAAUUUAAGUAUACGCGACAAGAAAUAAUUGUGUUUUUAUACUA